UGUAUAAGAAUGCUAGCUAUCAUCCCAUGUUCUAGAAGCCUCACCAAAACCCUCCUCAAGCCUCUUGUGCGGACGCUCUCUAUCUCGCCCUCUCGCCUGCAAGUUCGUUCAAUGGCGGAAUCUGCUUCUUCGCCCUUCAAGAAAAUUCAGAUCCAGAGAGACGAUACUAUAUUUGACGCAUAUGUGGUUGGCAAAGAAGAUGCUCCUGGGAUUGUUGUGGUUCAGGAGUGGUGGGGUGUGGAUUAUGAGGUCAAGAACCAUGCUUUGAAAAUUUCACAAUUGGAUCCUGGUUUUAAAGCACUUAUCCCAGAUUUGUAUAGAGGAAAGGUUGGGUUAGAUGUUGCAGAAGCACAACAUUUGAUGGAUGGUCUUGACUGGCAAGGUGCUGUAAAGGACAUUUGUGCUUCAGUUAACUGGCUCAAGGCAAAUGGCUCGCAAAAGGUCGGUGUAACAGGAUAUUGCAUGGGUGGUGCUCUCUCUAUUGCUAGUUCUGUCCUGCUUCCCGAGGUUGAUGCUGUUGUUGCAUUCUAUGGAGUCCCCUCAUCAGAGUUGGCGGAUCCUGCCAAGGCUAAGGCUCCUGUGCAGGCCCACUUUGGGGAGCUUGAUAGUUUUGUUGGCUUCUCAGAUGUGACGGCUGCUAAAGCAUUGGAGGAAAAGCUGAAAGCAUCAGGGGUUCCAUAUGAGGUACACAUUUAUCCAGGCAAUGGUCAUGCUUUCAUGAACAGGUCUCCUGAAGGUAUACAGCGGAGGAAGGGUAUGGGAAUGCCAGAUGAAGAUGAAGAUGCAGUUGGGCUCGCAUGGUCUCGUUUCCGUGCAUGGAUGAGUUGCUACUUAUCUCCCUAAGCAGCGCAUUUAAUUUUACGUUGCCAUCCAUCACAUACUACUUGCUUGCUGCCUUAAUAUAGUAGUCUGAUACCAUGGACAUAUGGAUUGUGUUUGGAUGCUUUUGUGACUCUUGGGUUGUGUUUGGAUGCAACUUUGAAGAUUGGAUCUUGUUCUUGGUCUUGAGAUGUCUAUAGUGAAUAAAGUAUAAUUUUGAGUUCCAUCCCAUGUUUUCCUUAGGAUAUCA